AUGAACAAUUUAAACAAAGUAUUUCUGUGUGUACUCGUCAUCAUUACCCUGACUCUGCGUGUGGGUGCACUACAGUUCUCUCCAGAACUUGCCGAUGUCUACGCCGUCCUGAACAAGCCUCUGUGGUGGACAUGUAGCGUACUUAACACUGCACAGACAAGAUCUGUCACCUUCAUCUGGCGGUUCCAGGAUGCAGAUAUUGUUAAGGAUGGUACUAGGAUUGCUUACGGAAACGGUACCCUGUACUUUCCACAGGUUCUCAACACUCACUUCGGCAAGUAUACGUGCAUCGUCAGUGAUUCUCAAAGUGUAAUAGUGAGCUCGGCCUUACUUCAACAAGCAUACAUCUCUUAUAGUACAGUUUUACAACCUAAUAUCCAGUCUGUACUUUUGGGCGGUACUGCGUUUUUGGAUUGCAAAGCUGAAGGGAAACCUGCUCCAAGUCUUAGCUGGACACUGAAUGGUAGAAACAUCAACAGAUCAUCGCGUGUUCUCAUUACGGACUUAGAAGCCGGACACAGUAUGAUUCAGAUCAACAGCAUCGUCUACGCUGAUGCUGGAUCUUACAUCUGUGUAGUUAAUCAUGUGACACUGACCCAGCCCAUUAGUUCGGGUUCCGCCCUGGUUCGAGUCUACGGACCCCCAGUUAUUACUAGUAAUCUUCUGGACCAGGUUGUGCCCAUUGGAUACAAUGCGACAUUUUCCUGCCCAGCGAACAGUGAACCCAAAGCGACAAUAACAUGGCUGUUUACUCCAUCAAAUGGCGAUGGAACUCCACAACAGCUCUCCGCCUCGCAGCCGUCCCUUUAUACUGAUGACGCAAAGGGAAUAUUGCAGCUAAUGAAUGUUGCAGAAGAUAGAACUGGGGUCUACUCGUGCACCUGGAAUAAUCAGCAUGGAUCGGCGUUUUCCGAGGCAAAGCUUCUGGUUGCUGGGAAUCCCCAACCCCCUGUCUUUUCUACCCGACCAGUUGAUAAAACCUUAACUGAAGGCUCUGAUCUCACACUUUCCUGUGGCGGCACGGGUAAUCCUGGAGUUUCUGUGGUUUGGGUCGGUCCUACGGGACAAGUGAUCACUACAAAUCUAGCAACCCAGAAUAAUGACUCUGCCUCAGUAUAUGGCAAUAGUAGCGUCCAGGCUAGUCUUGGCGCUGAACAAGCAUACGCUGAGGGAAAUGGAGUGUUAACCAUCAGAAACAUCAGUCGAUCAGUCCGCGGUAUGUAUAUAUGUAGACUGGUCAAUUCUGUAGGUACUGUAGAGUCAGUGGCGUAUGUCAACAUUCUAUACAAACCGUAUAUUAUCACUCCCCCUCAAAGUGUGACAGUCAGUGAGGGAUUUGCAUUUUCAUUACCAUGUGCUGCUGUUGGAAAUCCUCAUCCGACCAUAAGCUGGAACAUUCCUAAUAAACCAACCGUGAAUUUGACAUCUGUGAAUUCUGGGAUGAAUUCAAACAGCAACGAAGUAGUUCUUGAUAACGGUGACUUGAGUAUUGUUCAAGCUAGUAGAAUCCAUCGUGGUUUAUUCACUUGUUAUGCUACUAACAAUAUAGGCUCAACUGCAGCUUCGGCAAUUGUUUCUGUGAGUGGUGUUCCCUCGUUUUCUGCUACUCCGGUAAGUCAAGGAGUAAUUGAAGGGGACACAGUUGUCCUUCAGUGUCAGGCAGACGCAUAUGUGGAUGCUCAAGUAACCUGGUACUAUAGGUACAUUAUGGAUCCCUCAAUACAAUCCACUGAUAUUUUACAGUAUAUUAAAGAGUCGCUUUCACAGAAUAAUCUGCCAACUGAUAACAUGACAAUGUUGCAGGCAAGUGAAAGCACGACGUUUUCGUUUAUAAACGACACAUCAUUACGAUUUGAACACGUUAGUGGUGGAGAUGCUGGCCUGUAUUUAUGUCUGGCCACCAAUGACCACGGUUCUGCUUUUGCUGCAGCUAUUCUAAGAGUAAUAACAAUUCCCGUGUUCAAAGACACGCCAACAGACAGAAGAGUGACCCUGGGCUCUACAGUGAGACUAGACUGUUUUCCCGUGGGGAUUCCAGUACCUUCCCAAAGAUGGUUGUUCAACCAGCGUGCAAUUGAGAUGAAUCCCAGGACAGUACUGUAUAUAAACGGAUCUCUUCUAAUAUCAAAUGUACAGGAAAGUGACUUGGGCAACUAUACCUGUCGUGCUAUAAAUCAAGCAGGUGAAAGGUCGAGUUCUGCUAUAUUAACUGUCUCGACACUUCCUUACUUUCUGACAGCCCCUGUUAAUACAACGACUGCAGCUGGAUCUACAGCAAUCAUACCUUGUCGAGGAAACAGUCCCACGUCAUUUCAAGUUGUAUGGUACCUGUCUGACGUGGCUGGAAACCCGUUGCGACCCUUAGAUCUAACAGUUGGCAACCAAAACACAGCUUCACCUGUUAGUCGAUUUCAGGUUAGCUCCGAAGGAGAUUUGAUAUUUAAAUGUGUUGAACAGUCAGACGCUAAUUGGUAUAUUUGUGUUCUCAGCAAUUCUGAUGGAAGUACACCUUCAAAUCCAGCUUACCUGACUGUUGACAUCUUGCCGUCGAUAAUAUCUACUGAAGUUGCCUAUACAUUGAUGCUAGGCCAAACUGGAAAUAUUACGUGUCAAGCUACAGGAUUACCUCUGCCUGUUGUCUCCUGGCUCACACCGGUUAAAGUUGAAUACACAGAAGCAUCUGCUGGGGAGAUUACGGUUUCGGUUGAGGAAACGCUUCAGUAUGUCAAUUCAACAUUAACAAUCCUAUCAGUAAACAUGGAGCGUGAUGCCGGUGUGUGGACCUGCAAAGCCUGUAAUGAGAUCGGCUGUCGUCUACAAAGAGUUACCCUAAAUCUCACAGGUAAUGCUAUCAUCAGACAACUCAUUGGACAGGAAUUUGACGAUGAUUAUUUCUUCUCUUGUAUAACGGCUGGUCUCCCUGUUCCAAACAUCACAUAUUCAUCUGGAGGAAAUCUCAUAACGAACUUAACCGAAGGUCAUACCGUUGUCGCAAAUGAUCUGUGGAUACGAAGAGACAAAAUCAAGUCGGAAUACACUUGUCAAAUUGACACUGUCAACGGAUCGUAUGCAAAACUGUCAUCACCGCCAGGUGUUGGGAUUUUGACCGUAAACCCCACAUCCGAUAGUUUGACUGUGUUGAUGACUCAUUCAGAACCGAUUCCUUAUUUAACACCCAGCAAAUUUCUUCUACGAUUGGCAGCUGAUAGCACAAAUUCAUGGAAAACUGAGACCUUCUUUCUGUCUAGUCAGCUAGAGGACUAUCUAGAAGUGGAGUCAGGCGCAGUAGCUGGCAAUAGCACACCAGCUUCUUGUACUGAAAGGAGCAUUGUAAAGCGAAAUGCCAAUGCGGAAAACACUGCCCCAAAAGACUUUACUGUAUCUAUUAACUCUACUGGGACCGAGUGGGUAUUUUCUAUCGAAGCUAUUAUUCGUAACCUCACAUCCAACACUGCCUAUCUUUUACAAGCAUCCAUGGUCAAUAUUAUAGGUCCCGGACCAUAUUCUCCAACAGUGAGUGCUAAAACUUUGGCAGCAGCGCCGUCUGCAGUAAGCAAUGUCACUGUGACGGUCUAUAAUAGAACAGCAACGGUGGCAUGGAAACACCCUGACCCUCUCAACGGCCAGCCAGAAGACACAACAGUCACAGUUCAGUUGUUUAAUUCUCGAUUGGACAACAGCGCCAUUGCUACAGUUACUGUUAGCGUUCUUCAGCAACCUCUAGCUACAUUUCAAGAUCUAAAGACUGGAGAUUACAACUUGAAGAUCUUCGCCUACAACACAAGAACGCUCACAACUAGUGUUGUUGUAACAGAAGUUUUUCAAGUAUAUGACUAUCCACCUACUUACAAACCAGUAAUAGAAGGAAUCAAGAGUCUGGAUGGGCAUGUAGUACAAAUAAACUGGACUGUACCUUUAAAUCCCAGUAGCAUUUUCCCGCCUGUAACCGGCUAUAUCAUUGAUGUAUUUACUGUGGAAGAUGGCGCUGUUGACAUCCACAAACUACAGCAAACUGUGAACAUUACCGGAGGCUCUGUGUCCUCUAAGAAUAUUGACCAUCUGCAAGAGAACACCAUAUAUUCUUUGCGUGUCGCUAGUAGGAAUAGCGCAGGAAUCGGCCCUUAUUCAGAUUCCAGAAAUGUGACCACUCCAUUCUCAGAAUUUAGCGAACAAACUUUUGAUAAUGAUGCUACCCCCUGGCGGACAGUGGCCAUAGUUUUUAUCGUUGUUGCUUCUUCUCUCAUCAUACUCGCCACUACCCUGGUUGUCGUUUACCAGAUUAAGAUAGCGAAAAUAAGAAGCAUCAAAUUAGACAGUCAACCGGAAAGUGACAUUCCGUUAGAUAAUAAACCCGAAGAAGAAAUGCAACACGACAGAGAUUCCAGAACUGUUGAAGGUUAUCAAAAUGAUAACACUAUUUUGUACUGA